CUGAUUCUCAGGAUACCCUCUAAUAGUCUUUUCAACCGCUCUAUAAUUUGGUUAAUCCAUUUUUAUAAGGUGUUACUAUUUUUCAGUUAUAACUCUUUAUUUAUUCUUUAUUUAUUUGCAGUAGCACUCGUCGACCAACAAGCUGAACAUAUUCACUGUCAUACUACUCUCGCUGUUGGUAAGAUACACGGAAAUCUGCACAACGAUAUUUGGGAUAAGCAGAGCAAGUUCGAUCAGUUCAUGUCUGUACAUAAUGUAGUUGUGAUAACUGCUCAAGUCUUUCUGGAUCUCAUAGAUCAUGCCUAUCUGAGUGUAACAAGAUUGGCUGUCGUAAUUUUUGAUGAAUGCCACCAUGCUUUAGGUGUGAAGCAUCCUUAUCGAGUGAUUAUGGAUCGUAUCAUGCGAAUACCAGAAGACUCUCGACCGCGUAUUUUGGGUCUCACUGCUUCACUUAUUAACGAUAAGACACCUCCAAACCGAUUGGAAGAGAAACUCUCCAAGUUGGAAUACGUUUUAAAUUGCGCCAUUGAAACGGCAUCUGACCUAGUAGCGAUUUCGAAAUACGGUGCAAAACCAAGAGAGAUAGUGGUAUCUUCAAGAAGUUAUGACCUAAAUGGUUCAUACGGAGGAGAAAUUGUGCAGUUACUGGAAGAAUGGCGAAAAUUUUGUUCAUCUACACAGGAGUUCGAUCCUAAUUUUGAUAUAGAUCCUCGAAAGCCUAUUCAAGAGGCGCUAAAUAGAACGCUGGCUGUUCUCCGUCAAGUAGGGCCUUGGGCAGCAUGGAAGGUAUCUCAAAUGUGGGAGAAGGAGCUGCACAAAUUGACACGACAGUCGUUUCUUCAAGAGAAAACUGUUGAUUUUUUGAUAAUGGGGGGAACGUGUAUGAGCAUAGUUCGAAGAAUUCUUGAACCAAAGGUACUACUGAAGCAUAUUUGUCGUUGGGAACCUAGAUUUAAGUUCAUUCAGUCGGACUUUGUAAUUGGAUUCAGUGGUGGAAGUUUUGCAUCAGAUGAUAGUCAAGGACUUCACAAGCGUCAGGCUGAUGUGAUUCGUCGUUUCCGACAAGGUGAUCUCAACCUUCUCGUUGCGACAAGUGUUUUGGAGGAGGGAGUUGAUAUCCCUCAUUGUAAUGUCGUAAUAAAAUUUGAUCGACCGAUGGACUACAGAUCUUACAUUCAGGUGCUUCUGCGUCGCUAUCGCAACGUUCAUAAUCCAAGCACUGAGUUUGAAAAUGACCUAUCUAUUAUGGCAAAUAUAGAUGAUUACUUUCCUCCUUACGUUGUUCCUUCCACUGGAGCUCAAGUUUCAUUGACGUCUGCUAUAGGGCUUGUGAAUAGGUAUUGUGCGAAGUUACCAUCUGAUAUUUUCACACGUCUUGUACCGCAGAGUCAUCUUAUACCUGUCGAGUACAUGGGAUCUACUUGGUAUAAAGCUGAAUUGUUGUUGCCUAUGAACUCUCCCGUGAAGAAGCCGAUCGUAUUGGAAUCACCGUUAGAAAGUAAGAAGUUAGCGCAGAUGGCCGUAGCGCUGGAGGCUUGCCGUAUUUUGCAUAAAUCUGGAGAAUUAAAUGAUCAUCUGCUCCCUGUAGGACGUGAAUCAAUAGCUGAUCUAUUGAGCCAGCUUGACGAAGAUCCUGAUGAAUGGGCGCCUGGUAUUUCUGCUAAAGUGGGAUCAGCAAGAAGAAAACAGCUCUACGAUAAGAGGGUAACCAUUAGUUUUCUGCUACUUGUAUUCCAGGUAGCAACAGCAUUACAUGAAGCCCUGCCAAUAAAAGGCAAGCCUUGUUAUAUUUAUGUAAUGGAACUGGAGCUUGUAAAGGAACCAUCACCGGAAUCAAAUCCUAAACGUCGUCGUUUUGCCAAUCCUUUGCAAUAUGAGUAUUUAUUCGGUUUUCUGAGUUCAAGAAUUUUACCGAAGAUUCCACCAUUUGCUGCCUAUUUGCGUCAAGGCGAUAUGCGGGUACAUCUUGUUCGAGCUUCGACUCAGGUUACAUUGAGCAGUCAAAAUCUCACUAUGAUCAAACAUUUUCACCACUACAUCUUUAAAGACGUUCUUCAGUUAUGUAAGGCUAAUCUUGAAUUUCAUGUGGAUUCAUCGACGCCUAUCAAUACCUUAAUUGUUCCACUUCACAGAAUCCCGUCAACCACCUAUGGUAAAUGGGAGUACAAUAUAAACAUGAAAUAUGUUGAGCAAGUGGUGCGCAUGAUGCACGACACACCACGAGUGCCGAGUGAAGAAGAACGGAGAAAUUUUAAGUUUAGUGCUGAAGACUACAGGGACGCGGUGGUAAUGCCUUGGUACCGCAAUCUAGAGCAACCAGUGUUCUAUUACGUGGCCGAAAUUCUCGAGGAUCUCACGCCUUCCUCACCGUUUCCUGAUGAGGAAUACACAUCGUUUAAUGAGUACUUUACCAAAAAGUAUAAUCUGAAAAUUUACGAUCAGACACAGAAUCUACUCGAUGUGGACUUUACUUCAAACCGUCUCAAUCUGCUGUUGCCUCGUGCUGGUGGUGGAAGGCGGAAAGCGGCUGCUCCGAAACUUGAAAACUCUUCUCUUUCGCGGCAACGUCAAAUCUACGUCCCAGAAUUGAUGGAUCGUCAUCCUAUAUCCGCAACGCUGUGGAAUCUGAUUUCGGCUUUGCCGAGUUUUUUUUAUCGUAUUUUGGAAAUUAUUAAAUGUCGGCUUAUAAUGAAACAUACACGCACAUAUAUUGUUUGUUCAAAUACUUCAUUUAAGGAGGAGUCUACAGUACCUGAUAACUAUGAGUGGGCUCCUCUUUCCUAUCCUGCUACCUAUGAGGAAAAAGAAUCACUAAUUGUUACGAAAAUCCAGCAGCUGAGAGAGGAGAAUCGUGCCAGUGAAAUUGCUGCUGGAAAGCUUUCUAAAGAAGCACUUGAUGACGAGGUUCCUUCAUCAAUGUUUAUUCCCGUGUGGUUUUCUGUUUAUGGGCAAGAAUAUGAAAUAUAUGAGAACGCUUUCGAAAUCGGCGUUUGGGUGCCAGUAGUCGUCGAAUCUGUUAAUAACGAGAAUGUACCACCGUCUUUGGUUGCACCAGGCGACUCAUUCGAUACCGUUGGUUUGAUGUCCUCAUCGGUUCGUGCAGGUGGAGAUCUUUCAGAUGACGAGGACGCCGAUGCAGUGAUAAUGUUCGAUUUUUCUAAAUACUUAGCUGAAAAAGCGGAGCAGCAUUCAGAUUAUUUAGAAGUUUCCACAAUGGAGUUUGGUUUUGAUGAUGUUAUGGGGCAAACUAAGCUCAUGGUGUUCAACGCCGGCCACCAUACAGAAAGUAUGUCGUUUCCGUGGAAUUCUGCUUCACUACGCUUGGCGAACCAUAUGCAAGGUCCAGACGCUGUUGCUUGCGUAGAAGGCAACAAUGCGAUGGUCAAUUCACUUUUUUGA